AUGGCGCAUGAAUAUAAAGGCAAUCCAAAUCAAUAUUAUCUAAAUAGUGACCGAAGGCCGUGGCAGGGUCAAGGCGAAGACGAGGCUCUCACCGCCGUCGUUUUACGUUGCGUGUUUCGUCAUCUCCCUGCGAGAGAUCUCUGGCGGUGCGGUGGCGUGAGUCAAUGUUGGCGGCGCGCGUCUCUCGAUGACGUUCUUUGGAGACGUCUCCUGCUGCCUAAUGCUACUCCCCAACUUUUACGAUCCCUUAGACAAAAGAUGAUAAAUAAAACUUUCGAUGAAAACGAGGACAUUCCAUGUUGGUGGCGGAAAGAAUAUUAUCGUUCGAUAGUACAGUGGCGCCGAUAUUCACUCAGCGCCUCCGAUGUUCACUCUGCAUCAUUGAUCUCAGCUUCUUUACAUUCUUCUAACCUCUAUCUCGCAUUAGUCGAUGAAGACACUCAACUAACAGUCUGGGAGAAUAUAAAUAGUAACAUGGAAUUAAACAGUUUACAAAACAUAUCGAAGUGGGUGGUCCGUUGGAGAGGAACGGUGACCACAUCGUGGACCAAGGUAGGACAGGUGGUGUGGGCUCCGAACACGCGCCGGCUACUGGUCAUGGGACAACUAGCACUCUCCGACCGCAGCGAGUUGCUCGUCCUUGAAUUUAGUGGUGACGAAAAGAGUUCAUGCGGGUCGAGCGGCGGCUGCUGGGUGGACGACACCUCAUUCCUGGCACUACAACUACAGUGGUUAGCGCCCGGUAUGGCUUGUACCACUGUGUGGCUUACGGCCGCCUCGCAGGAAACACAGUCCGAACAUAUUGGUGUGACCACACCAUUGAUGCGAAUUUAUAACGAAGCAUCUACACAAGUAACACAUGUAUCAACAAUCGCAAUACCGACUAAUGAAUGCACGUGGUUCGAAAAAGAGUUAGAUGUUGAAAUUGACCAAAUCACCGAGCCAACAACUUCCUACUAUCGAGCGCUGUGGCCGAAACGUGAUAAAGCAGAGAAGUCGUCCCGAAUACUGGUAGUAGCGUGCGGAGCGGCGGGCGGUGUGCGGGGGGAGGCGAGUGCGGUCCAGUCCUGGAGGUUGCCGCGCGCCCUCUCCCUGCCCCGGGUCAGGGUCCAGGACGCUCUCUCCGAGCGUGUCCAGCGUCACCGCCAGAGGGCGCUCCUCCCACCUCAACCUGACGAACCUCCCGAUGAACAAUCCGUCCGAGCACUCUGUUCUCCACCUUCAGCCGUUUGUAACCUAUUCGCUCAAAUCUACGGAUUUACUUUUCAUCCCAGGGGCGGGUGUCUGUGGGUCAGCACGGCGGGGGGCGCCGCGUGUCUCUCUCUGCCCGGUCUACUGCCACUCCUGCACGUACCUCGCCACACGACCCGGCCCGAGCUCUCACUGCCACCACACUAUGUGAUGCCGACAGUUGACGAUUACUAUUUCGUAUCUCCGUCGGGCCGCGGGUCUCCCCUGGUGUGCGUGUGGUCCGUCCUGAGCGUCACUCGUGCUCCGUGUCUCAGCCACGAGUCUCCAGCGCUGGCUGCUCUGCUGCUGCCUCCCUCCAACAACGUCCACUCACUGCUCGUCCUCACCAGCGAAGAGCUCUUUGUCACACGAAGUUUAUCAGAAGCGAGUCCCCCCCCCUGCUCGUUCCCGGAGCCGGCCGUGUGUCCUCCGUGUAAGUCGGCGCCCCAGCCCGCGUGUCGUCCUCCUCCCCCUACGAGCGCCACCCGCGGAGUCAAACGAGUGUGUUGCGCGCCACCCAUCGGUCAACGACCCCCGUGCUCCCCUUCGCCUCCAAACUGCUCCAAGACCUGCCGACAUGCGACUGAAAAAAAGACCAGUGUUUCACACUGUGAAGCGAGUGAAUGCAAACAUAAACAACAUGAAAAAUGUGGUGAUAACUUAGAUCGCGUUGCCAGGCGCCUCGCAGCGGCCGAGUUCACUCGACGUUCAGACUAUGAACGUGAAGUAGCAGACAAAAAACCAGCACCCAAGUAUGAGGCCGCUGUUUAUCAACUUGUCGGAGAGCGAACCUGCAUGCGCGCCACGGAUGGUUGUGAUUACGCUGUUUCUAAACAGAAAAACUCGCAACUUAAAUGUGGCCCCUGUCGAAUACCACCUCCGCCCUGUCCUGUAGACCUGGAGCCAGCUGACAAUUGUGAGAUAAAACAUGGCAAGUACUCAGACCCUUGCGCACAUAAUCCAAGAGUAUUCGUGGAAAUAGAUCGCAGUCAUAAUUCACAUCUAAAUCAUAAAUCAGAUAUCUUGCAAUCAAACAUCAAAAACGAGAGUCCAAGCCCUGCCAAAACACCUCUACGGACUUCAUCGAAGGAAAGUCUGACGACGCGUAUUAUUGAGACAAUAAAAGGCAGCAGCGGUGUUUGUCCUAGAAAAACUUGCAGACGGGCUCCUUCUGGUACAACUGCACAAUAUGCUGGAGAUAAAAGUUGGUGUACAAGUUUACCACCACCCGCUGCCACUCCGGGACAAUGUAAGGAACCCUCGUUAACAGAACGUCUACGGCGACGUUCAGAACACUUGUGUAACAAACCUUGCGGCUCACGGCAUCAGCUACAUUCCAAAACAUGUACUGAAAAAUCUAUAGAAAACAAAAAUAACAAUAAAUCUGUUAAUUCGUCCAAUGAAUCGGAGAAUGAUAGAUUGAAAUCUAUUUUGCUCGAAAGAUCAAAGCUGAACGAAACUGGCUUAGGAAGAGUAGUGUUACCUCAACAACAACGUAAAGAUGUUAAUUCUCUAGGCAUGGGCGUAAUAGAACUGAAAAUUCCUCCAGCUUCUGAUUUUGUUCGGGUCCAUGUAGCACUUAACUUUGACAAGACAAAGUCUAACAUAUGUGGAAAGUCAUCUACAUCUGAAUUUGAAUGUCCAAGAGCAUUGUCAUCACCUUCUAACGACUCUAGCAGUUCCUGGUUAUCUAUUAAAAACCUUCAAAAGAAAAUAACAGGAUGCCGAAACAACGAACAAAGUCAUACCUCAGAAAAGUCAACUGAGUCUGACAACAAAACCUCAAAACGCAAAUGCGACAAGGAAGCGGGACCAAGAGGAGAGGCUCCCAUUCUGACAGGAGCACGGAAACCAUCGACUCCUCAAAAACCAUACAAUCCAUGUGGGCCUUCAAAUAAACGACUAUCUAAGACGGAUUUAAUACAAACUAUUGUGUUAUGA